AUGGCGAAGGUUCGCAAGAAUCGUAUCGCCAAACGUUCGGCUGCUCAGCCGUUCCCAGCCUUUCGCGCCUCUACGGCGAUCACAAAUCCUCACCGUACCGGAGUAAAGGGCAAGAAGGAAGGGCAGUACCGCGACAAGGCAACCAUCAAGCGUUUAAACAUGUAUCGCGACAAGCCAAACUUGGAAAAGAUGCGUCAACAAGCAACUGAACCUGUACGAAUUUGCCCUGAUCGGCGCUGGUUUGGCAAUACUCGUGUGCUUACCCAAGAACAGAUGACCAAUAUGCUUACGGAGCUUGAAGAAGCGUCUUCAAACCCUCGAACGCAUAUACUGAAACGCAGCAAACUUCCAAUAUCACUAAUAAAAAAUUCAGACCAGAAAGAAGACAACAGCAAAAUACUGGCACUGGAACCAUUCGAACAAACUUUUGGCUCGAAGUCUGUACGAAAACGUCCUAAGUUACUAGCAUCAACAGUCGAGGAGUUAGCGGAGAGAGCUGCCAGUUUUUCGUAUGAUGCGUCCAAAGACACAUACCUGCAGCGGGAAAUGACAGAAGACGCGUCCGAGGAGGCGCCGCACUUCGUGUUCAAAAAGGGGACUUCUAAGAGGAUCUGGGGGGAAUUGUACAAAGUUAUCGACUGCUCAGAUGUAAUAGUACAAGUAAUCGAUGCCCGUAAUCCUAUGGGCACAAGGUGCCACCGACUGGAGAAGUACAUCCGUGAUAAUAAACAGAGCAAGGCUUUGGUGCUAGUGCUAAACAAGUGUGACUUAGUCCCGACAUGGGUGACGGCAGCUUGGAUAAAACAUCUGAAUCGCACGCUACCGACAGUGGCGUUCCACGCAUCGGUUACCAACCCAUUUGGAAAAAAUACCCUAAUACAACUGCUCAAGCAAUAUUCACAACUCAUGAAGGACCGCAAACAUUUUAGCGUUGGCUUCAUAGGUUACCCCAAUGUGGGCAAGAGCUCGGUGAUAAAUACACUUAAAGGGGAAAAGAACUGCAAGGCAGCACCGAUUCCAGGAGAAACGAGGGUGUGGCAGUACGUAUCGCUAACCAAACGAAUCCACCUUAUCGAUUGCCCUGGGGUCACGCCGAUCGAGGAUUCUGAUGAAGCAGACCGCUUACUUAAGGGUGUAGUGCGUGUGGAACGUAUCAGUGACCCAGAGAAUUACAUAGGUCGUGUUCUCGAGGUGAUUUCAAGAGACGUUCUAGUACAGCGGUACGGCAUUAGCCCAGACUUCGAUAACGAGAACUUUUUGGACCUUGUGGCGGUGAAAUUUGGAAAGUUCCAAAAAGGCCGUGUACCGGAUGUCUCUACUGCAGCGCGGAUAGUAUUGUAUGACUUCCAGCGCGGUCGUCUACCGUAUUACAGUGAACCUCCGCCAGCGGACACGAAGGUUGAUCCAGGUGCGGAGAUCAAGGACCAGAUCGAGGAGUUAGGCCGCCUGCAGCUCGGAACCGAACACGCCGAGCCCAUAUCUGAGGAACAAGUGGAAUCCGUCGUGGAAGGCGAAGUCGCAUCUCCAGAGAAUGAAGUCGCCGAGGCAGUAGCGGAGAAAAAACACCACGCGCGUGCCCACGCGGCACCCUCGCAGUUGGCGGGAAUAGAUUACAACAGCUUCCUAUGUGCUUCCGCGUUCACGACACGCCCAUCGUCUACUAUUCCUGGCAUUUCCCCUUUCAUUCGUCGGAGCGUGGUUGCGUUUGCGAAUCCCGGGACCGUUGAACGCAUCUCGAACAUUGUCGCCACUAAGUUCGAGCGCGAGGUAAAGGAUAUAGAUCCUGACUGCCAUUUUCUAAAGGAGUUCAAAGCUGACAAUUUGGACGAAGUUGAGCUCUUGCUCUCAAUAGAGGAAGAAUUCGACUUGACCAUACCAGAUUAUGACUUUGAAGAGCUACAUACUGUAAAUGAUAUAGCAAAUUACGUGGAUCGUAAGCUGGAGCGCAAAAACUAG